AUCGUAAGCAAUAUGGAAAUAGGGAAGAGCAAAUGCGAAAACGGGUAAGCUUAUCAGCAUAAAUAUUAAUCAGAUUUUUAACGCCUUCAGUUAUAAACGGUUAUUCUGAGAAAAACACAUAGCUAUUCGUUUACUGUUACCGGCAAAGAAAUGUCGUUCCGUAUCUUAAUUAGUUUCGUCUUUGCAUCGUUCGUAUAUCUCUUGGCAGAGAUCAACGCACGUCCGAAAGGUGUCAUCGACAGAUACAAAACUGAUAUAAAUUCUGCUCCAAUUGUGCUUAACCCGAAUGUAAUCCGAGAAAUGAAAGAAUACAAACUGAAAGUUCUAAAACUGAAGAUACUUCGCGAAAUCAACUUAACUGCACCACCUAUGGUUCAAACACCUGUUCGAGUGCCCAGAAAUUUCCUGAAACUAUUUAAUAAAACAGUGGAUGAAAUUGAAUACGACGAUAACGAGGAAUUAAUUGAAGAUCCCAUAAAUGAUGACUUUGAUUGCGUAGUGGGAAAUGACACAGAAUGUACUAGAUUUGAAUUUGAACUGGCUGGAGAGAACCGAACCAUCAAUUCCAUACACAUCUGGUUUCAAAAGAUUACUCCAAAUGAAUCACUUCAUAUAUCUGUUCGUCUAUGUUCCUCUAUGGAUAUCGAUGAUCAAAACUGUACCUCAAAUGAAAUUCUUCAAGAAGUAAAGACUGACCUUGGUUGGACUUCUUUUGAAAUAUCACCGAAGUUGUUAUCCCAGUACCAAAACAAAUAUCGAUUUUGCUCAGUGGAAGCUUAUGGAACAAACUUUGAAAUUCAAGGAAAUCGCCAACCUUUCUUAGUUGCUACAUUGAAUGCUGCAGCGGAAAGAAAACGUCGAAGCACGCGUACGGCUCCAAACAAAAUAUGCACGAAUCAGUGUUGCAAAAUUGAUUUCUACAUCUCGUUCAAGGAGAUCGGUUGGAAUUUCGUAGUCUAUCCGGAAGGAUUUUAUGCAAACAUGUGUUAUGGAAAAUGCAGCAACGAAGAUCAAAACGCCUUCCCCAGUCAUUAUCACAGGAUACUGAAUUUAGCUUUGACCAACAAAACGUCAACAGCAGAAAAUAAAGAACCCGUAUGGACUCCAUGCUGUAGCCCAACUGAACUGAAACCGCUUGAAAUGAUAUAUAAAGCUUCUAAUGAUACCACUACUAACUCUACUCAUACACUUGUUCACCAUGAAAUACCAAAUAUGAUCGCAGAAUCAUGUGGUUGUUGGUAAAGUUUGUUUGUGCCACACCACAGGAGGAGUAUCUGGACCAAAUUUAGAGGCAAAAAUUCCGCAAAAAAACUAGGAUCAUGACGAACAAAUAAUCAGAAAUAAAACUUUGUGGUCACGCAAAUAAUAAGUUUUUUUCCACUUGGUAUAUUGUUAACACGAUAUAUUGUCCAACUAAUAUUUUACCAACGCAAUAUUUGGUUUGUGCAACAUUUUAUCUAUUCGAUUUUUACCUUUCCUUUUGUACAAGUGACCUUUACUUUUCUUUUUAUCUAUACUCUCUGCCACACAUGUCAUUAAAUAUUUUUUACAUGGUACAGUAUCAACACGAUGCAAUAUUUUAACCACGUGAUAUUUGGCCUUUACCCCAUUUUAUCUAUACAUUAUUUCUUUAAAAUAAAAUGAAUUU